AUGUCAGUAUGGUGGCCCAAAAUUAAUCAUCACAUCGAACAAAAAGUAACCUAUUGCCCGCAAUGCAUUGCUGACAGAGUGCCUCCUCGCCAUCCUAUGAUUCCUACAGAGGUUCCUGAAAGACCCUGGCAGAAAAUCGGAGUAGAUUUUUGUGAAUUCAACAAUGAUAAAUACAUAAUUCUCAUGGAUUAUUAUUCCAAAUACAUCGAUGUAUAUAAGGUAUCUAACUGUUCAACGGCAAUAUUGAUUAAAUCAAUGAAGACAUCGUUUGAAAAGCAUGGCAUCCCCGAGUCAAUUAGAUCAGACUCAGGUGUGCAAUUUCUAUCAGAAGAAUGGGAACUAUUCAAAUCAGAAUACGACUUCACAGUGGAAACUAGUUCACCAUCACCAACAAACGAUGGUGAUGGUUGUUUGUACCAUCAUCAGUGCAAUGGUCAAGCUGAAAGUGGUGUGAAAAUCUUCAAAAACAUAUUAAAGAAGUGUAAGGAUAGACAUCUGGGCUUAUUGGCAUACAAUACGACGCCAAAGGAAUGUGGUUAUAGCCCAUCACAACUAUUAAUGGGACGGAUUUUAAGAACAAAUCUACCAGUGAAUAAAGCAACUCUACUUCCAGCCACUCCAAAUCACAAUAGAUAUAGACUUAGACAAAGGGAAGAAAAGAGGAAACAGGAACAACAGUUCAAUAAAAGACAUAGAGUGACCCAGGUCAAGGAUUACCCAGAAAACGCUAAAGUUUGGGUAUCGGACCGAAGAGAAGAAGGGGUAAUCAAGGAGAAGUUAGAGAACAGGAAAUAUAACGUUGAAACAAAAAAGGGAGGAAGAUAUAUCAGGAAUGCAAAAUUCUUAUUCCCUAUGUUCUCCUCUGGAGAAAGAGAAAAUCCUGAUAAAGAAAACCCCCAUACUCAGACACUUCCUCCAAGACAGACACAUACACCAAGAUCCAACCUACAUAAUCAUUCUUCAACCAUACACAGACCUACCAGAAUUGUUAAACCUGCCAAGAGGUUCAUAGAAGAACUUUAA